CGUUUCGCUAAAUCCUCGAUAGAUCUCAGCCUCGGAAAAAGCCCUAAAAGAGCGAUACCGAUAGCGCCCUUCACAAACCCUCACCCUAAAAAUUUCAAUUUUCGCCAUGGAAAUCGAAGAUGAAGAGCCUAUUCAGUCUCCAUCAUUGAAGAAGCACCGAUCGCCGUCGCCGGAGGCGGCGGAGGGCGAUGCGAAGCGGCGAAAACACCACCGCCACCGCCAUCACCGCCAUCACCGCCAUCGACACAGCAAGAAGGACAAGGAGAAGAUUGUUGAAGAUGGAAAAGUCGAGGGAGGAGUUCUUGAUACGAAUCGGAUGGUUGAGGAUGGGGAAUUGGAGGAAGGAGAGAUUGUUGAAGAAGGGGAAAUUGUUGAGGAAUCUGCAAAUUUGGAUUCUUUUAGAGAGGAUCGAAUUUACUCCGAUAAAGAACUGAAAGCAGUUGAUUCUUCGGUUAAGCAUCUUGAUAUUCCAAGAGGGGAGAUUGAAGCUGUUCCAAAAUUCAAUGGAGCUAAUUCAGAAGGUGAAGUCUCAAAGAAUAUCUGUGCAGAGAGAAAAGAAUCAACUGAUAAAGAUAAUGAUGUUGGUAAUGGUGAUUUAAAAAGUCAGAAAAGGUCAAUUUCACCAAUUUAUAAAGAAAGUAUCAACGCAAUGAAGUACAAAUAUAUGGAAGAAGACAAUGAAACCACUUCUGAUCAUUCCUUAGGAAGCAAAAGGCACCAUGGUGAAGUUCAUCGAAGGGUUCGAUCAAGGUCACGGGAUGUUGAUUAUGAUCGGAGCAACAAGGAUGAUGGGCGGGAGCGGUACAAGGUUAGAAGUCGACUGAUCGAAGCAGAUAAUGGCAGGAGUCACGUUGAAAGGGAGUGGAGUAGUUAUCAUAAGAGAGGCGAUGAGCUAGAAGAUAGGCAUGGAGAUGAAGAUUAUGAUAGACGAAAAGAUAUGGAUAAAGGGGUGCGUAAGGAAAGAGAGAGAAGUUCUAGUUAUAGCAGACAUGAAAGGCGAGAAUCCAGACAUAGUGAUCGUGAUAGAGGAAGGGACUUGACUAAAGAACAUCGGAGGGAAAGGGAUAGGAGUUCAAGUAUUUCUAGCAAGCAUGAUCGGGACCGAGAAAGGAGAGAAAGAGACAGAAGUAGCAAACCAAGAGAUGUAACCAGGGAUAGGUAUAGAAACCGGGACGAAUUAGGGGAUGUCAUCAGAGAGAGGGAAAGGGAUCGAUAUGGUUAUGAUAGAGAUAGGAGUCGGACUAGGGGGCGGGAACUGGAUUUAGAUACCGAUAGGGAACAUCAUAGGCAAAUUGAAAAGGAUAGAGUUAACAAUCGAGACAAACAAAGAGAUUCUAGGCACUCAAAAUAUGAGGAACAGGGACAACAUAGAGAUAGAACGAGAUCAAAGGUGCUUUCCAAGGAGCGUACUUCCGCUAGUCAUGAUUUUCAAGAAGGUAAAAGGGAGUCACUAAGGGAGGAAGAUGAAGAAGACUAUCAAGAAAGAAUUGAACAGCAACUUGCCAAACAGGAGGAAGAAGAUCUUGAGAAAAUUAAGGAGGAGAGCAGAAAAAGGAGGCAAGCCAUCUUGGAAAAGUAUAAACAACAGCAGCUGCAUAAACAUAUCGAAUCUUCACCUGACAAUUAUCCUGCAGAGGACAAGAAAUCUCUGGAUAAAGACAAAAUGUGGGAGACAGCUACUGAGAGUUCUGCUGGUCAAGCUCUUCCAGGAGACCCAGAUGUGAAGCAAGAUUCCUCUGAAGCUUAUGUUGCUGAUCCACCAUUUGCCUUGGGUAAAUCUCCUAUAGUUAAUGGGACUUCAACCCCUGAGAAGAGAGGUGCCGCGGGGCUUGGUGAAGGUACUCCAAAGAGUGAGAGAUCAACUGAUAUGUUUUGCGAUGAUAUCUUUGGAGAAUCACCUGUUGGCAUCAAGAAGACGGGCAAAGGUGAUGGUUUGCAGAUGGAAAGAAGUGGCCUUCAUGACAACUGGGAUGAUGCUGAGGGUUAUUACAGUUACAGAUUUGGUGAAGUUCUUGAUGGUCGAUAUGAAGUUAUUGCAGCGCAUGGCAAAGGGGUUUUUUCAACUGUUGUGCGUGCUAAGGAUCUUAAAGCUGGAAAGGGUGAGCCGAAAGAGGUUGCCAUAAAAAUGAUACGCAGCAAUGAGACUAUGUAUAAGGCAGGCAAAGAUGAGCUGAAGAUAUUAGGGACGCUGGCUGCUGCAGAUCCUGAGGACAGACGGCAUUGCGUUAGGUUUCUUUCAAGUUUUAUGUACAGGAACCAUCUUUGUUUAGUUUUUGAAUCUCUUCAUAUGAAUCUUCGUGAGGUUCUAAAGAAAUUUGGUCGUAAUAUUGGGCUUAAACUGACUGGUGUGAGGACAUAUGCAAAGCAGCUAUUCAUUGCAUUGAAGCAUCUGAGAAAUUGUGGCAUACUACACUGUGAUAUAAAGCCAGAUAAUAUGCUGGUAAAUGAGGGAAAGAAUGUGCUGAAGCUUUGUGAUUUUGGCAAUGCAAUGGAGGUUGAUAAGAAAGAGCCCACACCAUACUUGGUUAGCCGCUUCUAUCGAGCACCGGAGAUAAUUCUUGGAUUGGAAUAUGAUCACCCGCUGGACAUGUGGUCAGUUGGCUGUUGUUUGUAUGAACUUUACUCUGGGAAGGUUCUGUUCCCAGGUCAUACUAAUAAUGAUAUGCUUCGACUUCAUAUGGAAUUGAAGGGUGCUUUCCCGAAGAAGAUGCUUCGAAAGGGACUAUUUACGCAUCAGCAUUUUGAUCAAGAUUUUAAUUUUCACGCUAAUGAGGAGGACCCUGUUACUAGGAAGCCUGUAAAGAGACUGCUUCUGAAUAUUAAGCCUAAGGACAUUAAUUCGCUCAUUUCCGGCUUCCCAGGCGAAGACCCAAAGAUGGUAGCCAAUUUCAAAGAUCUUUUAGAAAAAAUAUUUGUUCUGGAUCCAGAAAAGAGGAUGACAGUUUCUCAAGCACUAAGUCAUCCCUUUAUCACGGGCAAGUGAAUUAAGAUGCUGAAUUAGACUGCAAAUAAAAUUGAGCUUUGCUUCUAUCUUGUAAUAUACUUUUUAUCUAGCCCAUCUAAUUCUUCACCAUUUGUGUCUUAUCAAUGAGACAAUGGCUCUAGAGCAUUCGGUUGGUACUUGAUGUGGAUGAAGGAUGGAAGACGUGAUCGAUCUGGAACCUUCCUACAUGACAAUUCUUGUCAGUUGUGUUCUGUUUCUUGGUUUCUGCGGGUUUCUGAGGCUACCAAUUCCAUGUUUUAGAUGCCACAAGGCAGCCAAACGAAAGGCUUUUCCUUGAAGAUGGGCUUGCUGGAAGGCUUGUAUUUUGAAAUUUGUUUUGGGUAUAGUUGCUAACUUUCAGGAAAUUCAUUUCAGCACUAAUAGCACAUUAGCUAAUCGCAUACGGUCUGGUAUUGUUUGCCCCUUGGGACUGGAUGUUUUGCCUUUUGCUACCUUAGGGCGCUUUGGACGGGCGUAAUCGAGAUGAAUAUUGUGGGAAUUGUUUGUUGUUUAUUUGCUCUUCAUUGCCAGGAUUUGGCUUGCGGCGUUUUGGACGCGCAGAGCCAAUAUCAGUGAUGUGGCUCGUGUUCGGAGCCGUUACUGACCUGCAUAGAGGAAGGGAAGAAAAGGUGUUAAAUUUCACAAAAUUAUGUUGAACUAUUGAGUGGGGAGUGUACAAGAUUAUCAUAAAAUAUUUUUACUGGAGAAACUACUGUGGAUUUUACUUACGGCUGCCAAGAAUUAAAUGUCGUUUGUUUUUAUUUAUA